AUGCACCCCAUGCAUUAUGGUCCCCCGCCAGAGCCGUCGCAUCCCGCUUCCGGCCUCAGCACCCCUCUCAGCGAGUCGCGCCGCCUCUCCGACCCUCCCGCCGCCUGGGAGACCAAGAUGAGUUGGGAUACCGGCGCGUGGGGUCCUGAUGGCUUCGGCAGAAAUCACGACCUCCCCUCGGUGCAAUUCGCAGACGGCCCGCCUUGGAGCGAGGACGAAGAUCUGGCCAGCCCGGUUGUCAGCUCGCGACACCGUAAGCACAAGUCGUCCUCCGCGGCUUUGGGGACUGGGAGAACAAAGACUCGCGACGAUGGAGAUAUUCUGCACCCGGCACAAUAUGAAAGAGAGCGCGGGUUUUAUGUAAGCACCAGCGGUGAUGGCAGCGAGCGAUACUACUUGAACCAAGGAGGAGAGGCAAACGGCCCAGGCGGGGAGUAUGUCACCUACCCGCCCGACGAUGCGAGACAUUCAAGCCACGCAUACCAGCUGGGUGACCAACCCCCGCGGCAGUACGCCGAACACGAGUACUCUGAUGCAUCGAGCUCCGCAUCAUCCCCCGGCUUCCGAGAUGAGGACCAGUCCCGGUACUCGCGGGACUACCAAUUCACCAUUACAUCGCCUGACGAGGAGAUGCAUGGCAAGGCUGUCGCACUUUUUGACUUUGAAAGGGAAAACGAAAACGAAUUGCCCCUUGUGGAGGGGCAAAUCAUCUGGGUCUCCUACCGACACGGCCAAGGCUGGCUUGUGGCUGAGGAUCCCAAGACACAAGAGAGUGGAUUAGUCCCCGAAGAAUAUGUUCGCUUGUUGCGAGAUAUCGAAGGCGGUAUGAACAGUUUGACUGGAAACUUAGGUGAGGGCUCGACUUCACCAAACGACGUUGGCACCCCGACCCAAGCGGAGCAUCUCACCUACGGCCAUACCCCGACAGGAAGCCAGUCUUCUAACGGUUACCAUCAACCUGUAGUAUCCACGUUUUCUACCUCGAGCAAAGACCUGGACCCCUAUCCCACGCAACAGCUGGGGAUUCAGUCCGGUCAGCCCCCGCCCCAAGUGGUCCACUAUCAUGGCCAGAGAGGUGGCAGCCAAGCAAACACGCCGACGCUGGCUUCGCACCAGGACGUCGGUAUCAUGCGCCGAGGCAGCCAGGACACAACCGCGAAGAAGAGCGACUCUCAGGUCUCCCCCUUGACGGAGGCAACAAACGAGACCACAACCGAGACCCCAACCGAGCCCAAGACGGUUGAUCGAUCAAGCACACCAAAGGCAAAGACCCCCAGCGAGAAACCCGCAGAUCCCGACGCCAUGGAGACGGACAAUGGGCCAUGA